UCACUCACUCACUCACUCACUCUCAGCCACCAACCCCUCUCUCCUUUUCAUAUUAUUAUUAUUUCAUUUUUUUAUUCACAGAUAAACCACCCUUCGAUUCGACACACACAUAUAAUCAAACGUUAUCUAUCGAACCCUUCUUCUAUUGUUCACUGCUAAUGCUUUUUGGACACAGAUUUGAAUAACCACACACACAACUAUAUAACAGAAAAUGAGGGGGGGCUUGUGGCAACUUGGGCAAUCAAUCACCCGCCGUCUCACCCAGGGUGAUAAGAAGGCUGUUGCUUGUCGGUAUUUUGCGUCAGAGGCUGAGCUGAAAAAGACAGCUCUCUAUGACUUCCAUGUUGUUAAUGGAGGGAAGAUGGUGCCAUUUGCUGGAUGGAGCAUGCCAAUCCAAUACAAGGACUCAAUCAUGGACUCAACCCUAAACUGUAGGGAGAACGGUAGCCUGUUUGAUGUUUCCCAUAUGUGUGGGCUGAGCCUUAAGGGAAAGGAUGCUGUUCCAUUCCUUGAAAAGCUUGUCAUUGCUGAUGUUGCUUCACUUGCCCCGGGAACUGGAUCAUUGACUGUUUUCACAAAUGAAAAGGGAGGGGCAAUUGAUGAUUCCGUGAUUACCAAGGUGGCGGAUGAUCACAUAUACUUGGUUGUGAAUGCUGGUUGCAGGGACAAAGAUCUGGCUCACAUCGAGGAGCAUAUGAAGGCAUUCAAGGCAAAAGGUGGUGAUGUGUCAUGGCACAUCCAUGAUGAGAGAUCUCUUCUUGCCCUGCAGGGUCCUCUUGCUGGUCCUGUUCUUCAACACCUGACAAAAGAUGAUCUGAGCAAGUUCUACUUUGGGGAGUUCCGCGUGUUGGACAUCAAUGGUUCCCAGUGCUUUCUCACGCGAACAGGGUAUACCGGGGAAGAUGGAUUUGAAAUCUCAGUUCCUUCAGAGAAUGCAUUGGAUCUUACCAAGGCAAUUCUGGAAAAAUCUGAAGGGAAGAUAAGAUUGACAGGAUUGGGUGCUCGAGACAGUCUACGACUUGAAGCUGGUUUGUGUUUAUAUGGCAAUGACAUGGAACAGCACAUUACACCUGUUGAGGCAGGACUCACAUGGGCCAUAGGAAAGAGAAGGAGAGCAGAAGGGGGGUUUCUUGGAGCUGAAGUUAUACUGAAACAGCUUGCUGAAGGUCCCAAGAUCAGGCGUGUCGGUUUCUUUUCUUCCGGCCCACCUCCUAGAAGCCACAGUGAGGUUCAAGAUGAAGGAGGAAACAACAUUGGUGAAGUCACAAGUGGUGGAUUCAGCCCUUGCCUUAAGAAGAACAUAGCCAUGGGAUAUGUGAAAUCAGGACUGCACAAGGCAGGCACCAAAGUGAAGAUUAUUAUUCGAGGAAAAGCCAAUGAAGGGGUUGUUACAAAAAUGCCUUUUGUACCAACAAAAUACUAUAAGCCGACCUGAUUUAGUUUGAGAUUUCACAUUGAUCCUUCUCACUACUCCUACUUGACCAGUUUUCUCACAAUCUGGACGUUGUAGUGAAUUUUAAUGCCAUUGUCAAACUCACAUCAUGUACAAGGAGAGUGCCUUUUAUUAAUAACUCAAUUUCAUUUCAAACAUGCAGUGAUGACUCAUUGUCAGCUUUCUCA